AUGAGUCAACCAUGGAUUCGUAGGAGCGCAGCUACAUCAUCCGGAUCAUCUUCGAUAGGCGGAACUGGUUACAACUUGUUCGGAAACGGAUCUCUCGACGGUGUGAACUCAUUUCAUUUAGAUUUUCCGCUGGUCAACAGAAAUUUCUACAACAACGUAUUUGUUCCUCAGCCGAGCACCAAACCACCAGUCAAGCUGCUUCCUCACGCCAACCGUCGUUCAACACUAAAUAAUCUCAUCCCUGAUUGUGACAACUUCUUCUUCAACGGGACGGAUGUUGAAAGCUCAUUGACAUCUCUCGUAGACAACUCUUCGUUGAAGGACAGCUUUCAACCAUCCAGUGUUUCUCAUGUUGUUGAUAAUUCUUCCGAUUCACUUCAUCAAGAAAUCACUCUUCAAGAUGUUAUUGCAAACGGACAACUAUUUGAUUUCGCUCUUGAUCGAUACGGUGUGAAGUUUCUGGAAAUCCACUAUCCCCAGGAAGCGAAAGACGAUCUUCAUAAAUUGGUAUUCGGACAGCUUACCGAGUCUAUUACUUUGUUCAAUGGGUUGUGUCAUAAUUCAAACGGUAACUUCAUAGUGCAGAAGCUCGUUGAAUAUGCUUCCAUCGAAGAGCAGAAGGUUUUACUGAUGAAAAUGAUCGAAGGAGGAUUGCUUGAAAUGUGCAAAGACAAGUUCGCAUGUCGUGUGAUUCAGUUGUCAAUUCAGAAGUUCGAUCGUCCCAAUGUUACCCAACUUGUCCAUGCAAUCAGUAACUUCGACUUUGUCGCAAUGUGCACCGAUCAGACUUCCAUACAUGUUGUGCAACGUAUCGUUAAACAUCUUCCAGUUGACCUCUGGAGAUUUUUUGUCGAUUUUUUGUACACUGGAGACAACUUGAUGUCCGUAUGUCGUGACAAAUACGGUUGUCGGCUUGUGCAACAGGUCAUUGAUAAGCUUUCUGAGAAUCCAAAAUCUCCAUGCUUCAACUGGCGCAUUCAACUUUUACACACCUUGAUGUCAUGUGUCGUUCGAAACUGCUUCCGUCUGUCGUCAAAUGAAUUCGCCAACUAUGUUGUACAGUAUGUCACGAAGUCGUCCGGAGUUAUGGAGAUGUAUCGAGAUAUGAUUAUCGAGAAGUGCCUUCUUCGUAAUCUUCUAUCGAUGUCUCAAGACAAAUACGCAUCCCACGUGAUCGAAGGGGCUUUCAUAUUCGCUCCACAAUCAUUGCUUGCAGAAAUGAUGAACGAAAUAUUUGAUGGAUACGUCAAAGAUCAAUCGCAUCGCGAUGCAUUGGAUAUCUUGUUGUUCCAUCAGUAUGGAAAUUACGUCGUUCAACAGAUGAUAACCAUUUGUACGUCGGCAUUGAUGGGCAAAGAGGAACGCCAACUGACGCCUUCUGAUCUUGGAAUGUACGCAGCAUGGUAUGAAAAAAUAAGAAGUCGUGUCCAGCAUCAUUCUGCCCGUUUGGAACGUUUCUCAUCGGGAAAAAAGAUUAUCGACUCUCUUAUGAAACUUCCACCCGUCGGAUCACCUGCUUCAACUAAAUACUCGUCAAGUUUCCUGGAUUUUUCAUCGCAACUGGAUAGUAUGUUUCCAUCUUUUCUCAGUAGUUCAUUCAUGUGCUGA